CUCACAACAGCCUCACUUUUGUGGGGGUUAACACUUAGACCCUAAAAUAAAAAAAUAAACCAAAACCCAAACCCAACCAACAGACUCGACAAAUAUUUGUCGCCUCACAUUUAAUUUAAUUCGAUGGCAUUCGUAGCACGUCGCAACAGCGAGGGCAAGUUCGUGGAUUGCCAGCCGGUCGCAGGCUGUGGCAUCGCUGUGGCGGAGCUGAGCGAUGAGGAGCCGGCGAGCGUAGCCAGCAACUACAGUGAUCGCUCGUAUAUAACGCAGACAGUGCGUUUUGUGGGCAAGGAUGAGCCAGAGCCAGAGCCACAGCCAGAGCCAGAGCCAGAGCCAGAGCCUGCUGAGAUGCUGGACUUGGAUCUGGAUGAUGAUGAUGAUGAUGACGAUGCGAAUAGCUCGGAGGGCUAUGAUCAGCUAGAUACAGACUUGGACUCGCUGGCAGAUGAGCAGCAGUUGGAAGACGACUACCCGGACUUGAAUGUCAACGACUUGCAAAGCGAUGUGGAGACACUGCAAUGCAGUCGCUCAUACGCUGAGGAUGAAGCUGAUCUGGAGCUGGACAGCGAGCUGGAGCAGUACACUAGCGUCGUGUCCAAGCAGCUCUCCGCUAGAGUCUCCCAUCGCAGCUGCAAGAGCAACGCAGCAAGUCAGCGCACGCUGCAGCUGCAGCUGCCAGCAGAGGACGCGCUCAGCAUUGGCUCCACGGGCAGCGCCACUGUGUGCCACGCCAUGGCCUCGCUGGAGUCGCUUACAAAUCUCAGCGAUUUUGAGGAGCAGGAUGCACUCAGUCAAGUCACCAGUCGCACCUACAAUGUGAAGCCAUCGCCGGGGCGUCGCAAUAGCAGCGCCUCGGCGACGGCUUCCACUUGUAGCUGGAACGAUUUGUAUGGCGGCCUGAAGCCCUCCGAGAGUCGCAGCAACAUUGUGCCCUCGCUAAGCUUGAACAUGUCCACGGCCAGCUCGUCGAGCUCUUCGACCUACUUUCGCUCGCUCAACGACGAGAAGGCGCAGGCGCAGGCGCAUGGUGAGGCCGCCUAUCAGGAGUGGAUGAAGCGCAAGCGCAACCAAAAUGCGCAGAAGGCGCAGCAGGCGAAACAGGAGCGCGAGAAACGCGAGGCGGAGAACGCAGUGCGUCAGCGUUUGGCCAAGGAGCGCUACGAGCAGUGGGUGCGCCAGAAGGAGCAAACCAAUAAGCAAAAGAAGCCGCAGCAGCAGCAGCAGCAGCUGGGCAACGAUCAUAAGAAGGGCAUGAGCAGCACUGGCAGCUGCGCUAGCUUCGCCAGUUCGGGCAGCUGGAAUCCGCAGAGCGGCGUCAAGUUGCCGCACAAGGAGCCGCCCGAGGUGACCAAGAAGCGUCUGCAGGAGUGGGAGCGCAUCAAGAGCAGGCAGCAGCAGCGCGAGCGUGAGCGUCAGCUCAAGCAGCAGCAGAGCAAGCAGCAGGAGGAGCAGCAGCGCAAGCAAAAGUCCCAAGGCGCCUGGCAGAACUGGAUGAAGUCCGUGGGCAAUCGACCCAAGCCGGUGCCGCUUAAUCAAGGCUUCGAUUCGCUGCGCGGCACCGUAUCCAACAUAUACAUUAAUCCCGUGCAGUGGGUAUCCAACAUUGAUCCCAAGGACACGCGCAAUAAUUAGGUUUAAGCUCUUGACUUGUUUAAAACGGCAGCAUACAAAAUAAAAAUAAACAAAUGUUGCUGAGAACGGUGACAAACAUAA